ACUGGCGGGUGCAGGUCGGGCUCUGGGGUGGUCGUCGGCCAGACGACGUCAAACUUAUACCAUGGAUAUACAUUAAAAUAUGAAUAUACAUUCUACUCACUUCGUGUUCUAGGCUUGUUGCAGUGCGGUUCAUUUAUUUUUGACAAUUGUGUUCAAAAAUUAAAAUUAAUAAAUGAAUAGGAAGCCGUAUAUGGUUUUGGGCGAAGCCUCUGAAUCUGAUAGUGAAGAGGAAAUAAAUGCAACCGAGACGCAGCCGGUGGUGCGAUCCAGCAAUCCUAAAGGCGUUGUAAUCGCAGGGGAGGCUGCAGAGUCUGAUGAAGAGUUCGAAGAUGGCGGAAGUGUGAGUAGCGCAGCCAGUGUAGCGUCUGUUCCCGCCCUGACUUCGGGCAGCAAGGGCGUGGGUGCGACUAAACACGCUAGAGGAAGCGAUGUUGUCUACAAUACAUUGCUCCACCGAAAACUACGAGAGCGGAACGUGUCGCUGCACCGGAACGUGAGGGACUUCGUCCAGCAGACGGCUGCGUCGGCCGAGCGGGACCUCGGCGUGGCCAAUCAGCAACUCCUGCAGUCCCAGGUGACGCUGCAGGAGGCGGCCACGACCAUCCACGCGCUGCGCGGCAGCCUGCUGCAGCUGAGCGCGAAGCUGCACGAUGUUGCCUCUGCCCCCUUCCUGCCCAACAUCCUCACUCCCGCGCACUGAGCCCCCCCCUCCUGUCCUCCUUGGCGGGAGACCGCUCAAACGCAACUGCUUCUGCGUGCGUCAUCACAACGUCUGCAUAUAUACUGGCUCGGCGCUUUGCGAAGCUUCUCGAAUGCUACUGAAAUUUUUCGACUUGAAAUAAUCACGGAGUUAAUUUGUUUUUAAGAUCCAUCAAAUAGCAAUGAGAAUAUCGGUUGGUCAUAUUAUGUUUAUUAAAAAGGAGACUUGCUUAAAUGUGUUGUGUGAAUGCCUGCUGACACAGUAGUCAACCAUGUAUCUGGUCACGAAGUACAUCAAGAAUGUCUUACCACACUUGUACAAGUUUUUAGUCUUAGACUUUCGUUUCAGUGGAACCGGGUUUGAAUCCUAGGCCAGUCUGCCUGAUUUGUUCUCCAUGUUCCUACAAAAUGACUCCAGCUGUUAGCCCUGUCCCAGUGCCUCGGUCUGUGUGGUUGCCGUCUCUCAAGCCAGCGCUACACUAUACCCAUUUCUUUGGCAGUUUCAGUACCUAUUAUGUAUUUAUUAGUGCACCUGCUCUCGUGUAGGUAACAUUUCAGCACCCUUCCAAGGGGUCUGCUCUGGGUAUAAAAGUUUAGUCGUCAAGAUGGCAGACCCAUAAACUAGUAUAUAGUUCCUUUUGCAAAUAUUGGGGGAUGUAACAAAUGUAAUGGUAUGCCAAAUUAAACUUUUUGAUAUUAAAACUACCCUGGAAUAUAUUUGGUAUACUAAAAUAGUCAUAGAAAGAUGUAAUGGCAAGUUUUAAAAUACGCAGUGAAAAUGCAUUACAGUGUUAAUAACAUGUAGUCUCCACCUUAAAGUAUGUAAGUCUCAGUAGUGCAGUGGCAAAGUGCAUGGUUUUGGUGCUCGGGGGUAAUUUGUGAUGUGGUCCAAAACCUAGUCACUACAAAAACUUUUAUAAUUUUUUUUUUUUUUU